AUGGCGUUCUCGCAGCUGAUCGCUGCUGCUCGCCGCUGGAAAGACUUCCUGACUUCACCAGCUCCGCCCGCACCCAUGCCGAGACAUGGAGGCGCAACAGACUUGGCGAUCUCACACGCACAUCCGCCUGUUACUCCUUCUUCAACACUCAAACGCAAGCGCAGCGCCACUCUCGGCGCGAGCUCCGAUUCGGUGAUCAAAUUGGCGAAAAAAAGCAUUCAACCAAGCAGCGACCAUGUCGUCCAUCAAACGCAGGAAAUCUCCAUCAGCCAAGUCCAUGACACAGGCGGAUCACCACGGCCUUCGUCAUUAUCAUCGAGCAGCGACCUUGACUCGAAGUCGCCAAGAGACCGAAGUACACAAACCUCGGCGGAAGAUGAAUCCAUCGACAACCAGCCUCAACCGUUCCGCCUUCUCGACUUGCCAGACGAGCUCUGGACCAAAAUCGGCAAGAUGGUCAUUGACGAUCUUCCUUCUUUGUCCAUCAACCUGCCUCCGACAGCAAAGGAACUGAAGGCCGUCGGGACUGAUGACACCUCGAAGGGCGUCGAUGCUUCUUUAAAACAAGCGGACAAGACUGCUCAAGACAUGGCCGCGUCGAAGUAUUUCCACGAUCGAUUGCUCAAGUCGGGACACGGGGCUCCCGCAAUCCUCCGAACAUGUCACCAGCUGAGGAAAGAGCUGCGGUCCUACUAUUACCACGCGAACCAAGUGCAAGUCACUAUCGAUCUUUGGACUUGCUACAACAAACUCAUAAUCAAGAACGUCGGUCAAUACUUGAAAAUGAUCGGGCCAGAAGCUCGACGUCAGCUGAGAAGCUACGAGGUGCUUUCAGGAGAACCAUUCCUGUCACAUGAACCUACUCCCGAGCCGCCGGAGUUCGUCUUUGGUCCCGUGGAAUACACGACCAAGCUUCAUCGGGAGCCAUGCCUCGAAUGUGCACGCGAAUGUGGCUAUGACCUUGUUGGAUGGAGUAUCAAAUUUCUGUGA